UGAGGUGCGCAACAUAAACAUUCUUUGAGGGGCGACUUGAAUUUUCAGGGUCGUUUCGAUGAAACUUUGUGGUGAGUUUUGGAAAUGAAAUGAAAUAAACUCCAAAGAUGUCAAGACCUUCGUUAUUUCAUAAAUCUUGUUGGAAUUUGAAAAUCUAGGCACACGAGAAAAUAUUUUGUUCGUUUGUGCAGUGGAUGUAUAAGUCAGCAUUGACUCAGCCGAACUGCCUGCAGGCGUGUGCACCACAUCGAACUUAGGCCGGUUGUUGCCGAUUUGCUGGUUUGAAGAGGCAUUUGGAACUUGCUCCGCAUACAAGAGUUCCGCUUUAGAGGUUUCGCUCUCAAAUCAUAGAAUGCAAACUUUUGUUGCUUUCGUUUAUGUGUGAAUGUCUGUUUAAAAACUGUCGAGUUCUACGGUCUGCGUCUGCUGAAAAUUAUUUUGAUUGUACUUGAAAUGAAACCAAUUUAUUCCGAUUGCUACUGAAGUCUUAAAUUCCAGAUUGAAAUGAUGUUUAUCACUGUUUCUACGUAAAGCAAGUUUAUUCGCUUCUUUUCAAAAGAGGAUCUGGUUCUUUGCAUUUACCCUGUAAAUCAAAGGUAGUCAAACAUGGAUUCUCCCGAAGCAGUCCUGCAGGACUUGCACAUGUUGCAAAGAAUGAUCGAUAUGAGGAUUACAUCACUUGAAGGUCUCCGGAGAGAAGAGUCUUCUGCUUCAAGUCUCAUACAGCACGAAAUAAGAACUGUUGAGGGAAAAUUGAUGAAACUGUUUUCUAAGCAGUUGUCCACAAUUUAUAAGAAUCAUGAUGCCUUGAGUUCAUCCAAAGAAGAUGUUUCAAAAUAUUCAAAAUUGGACCAAUUUCUACAAGUUGUUGAUGUAGAGUGUGAUGUUAAAGAGAAAAUCCUUGAAUCGUGUGACAGCCUUCCCGAUUUGUGUGCCCUGCCAGAUGAAAGAAUCAGACGCUUCUUCAAGGGUCUGAUUUUUGAUGAUGAUUAUGAUGAUGAUAAUGAUGACGAAGAUGAGGAUGAUGAGGAAGGUGAAAUCUUGACAGAAAGUCAAUACAGUGCUGCCAAACGGCUAACAGCUGCCUUGAAAAUUCUAAGAACAUAUUCAGAUCGUCUCAGAAAUGGAGAAAAAGCCAACGAUCUUGUUUGGGAAUCGUGGGGCACAACUGCCUCAGAAUCAGAUGGCCUCGGUCGAGAAAGUGAUAUCUAUGGAGGUGGUUAUGAUGAUGAAGUGAUACACAAAAACAAAGCACUUAGUCUGCCAAGUAGCAUGCGUUAUGGAAGCCUAUCGAUUCCUCCAAGUCCAGUACUUUUUGCAACAAAUGAUGUGUCAAUUACUAGAAGUAAAUCUGAUGAAGCAAAUAUAGGUCAGAGGGUGCAUUUGGAUAGCUGCAGUAGUAGUGGUAGUGGUCAUACGAUUGGAUCAACUGGCAAAGGACCAGGAUCAAAGCCCAGACCAUUGAAUUUGACAGUGACAAAUACGAAUGGGUUCGAGUCUUCAUCUAGGGAUUAUGACUGCCCAUCGAGCUCUCAUUCUGUUUCUCAGUCACCACGAACACCUACACGAUUACUUCCUCGCUAUGGAAUGGGGCAUUCAAUCAAGCAUUUGUUUUCUGCAAAAACCUUCUUAAUCUCACUGACAUGCGAAUACUGUCAUCGUUUGAUGUUCGUUGGUGUCAAAUGCAAAGAAUGCGGAUUUAAAUGUCACAAGAAAUGCUCUCGCAAAGCACCUCCGUCUUGUGGUCUCCCCCCUGCUUUAGAGAAAAUCUUUAUCGAUGCAUUGCGUGAUUCUGGUGGUGAUGCAUUCAAGUUUCACACCCUUCCUAACAUGAAAAGGACAGUAUCAGAUCCAUCCAGCAUCCUUCUCCAGGUCGACAAGGAUACCCCAAGACGCCUUACCCCCAAUCGUAGUCAUGGUGAUUUGGCCACCCAUGCAGUUGACCAGAGAAACAGGAUCUACAGUGACAAAUAUUACACCACCAGUAAUAUGUCUCAUUCUGGUGAUUCAUGCUCUACAACCUCGUCUGCAUCGUCUGAUCCAUCGUCUCCCGCAGUGACCGACUCACCUAGUGACACAGCAAAUAUGCAUAAUGUCCCAUACUACAUGACACCUUCAGCGACCAAUGAAAAUUUCUUUUUUCCAGGAGAUGACACUCCAGAGAUUGACUUGAUCAACAGCACAACAGAAACUGAAACAAGCACACUAACAGGAACAAUGAGAAGCAACAUGUCAAUGGAUACAAUGGUACAAACAGAAGGCAGUUCAUAUUCCAAGUCUAGCAGUGGUACAAAGAGCACUGAAUCGACAAUAUCCGAGACAGAUGAUUUUGCCAUUGAUAACUUAGACAGUCAGAUAUCGGAUAUAAUUCCACAUAGAAUCAGACCACGAGGGGAUGAGCCUUUAACAAAGGAAGAAAAAUUGGAUAUGCUUAUGAAUAUGCACGAACGUGGUAGUCUUAUGUCAGAAUGGGUAAUCCCCUUUUCUGACAUCGAGCUUGAAGAACUUAUCGGAAGAGGAAGGAUGGGAGAAGUCUACAAAGCGCGCUGGCAUGGCGAAGUAGCUGUAAAAAUCCUAUAUGUGGAAAACCCAAGCGAAAAAGAAAAAUCAGCAUUCAAGUACAAGGUACAAACAUUUAGAAAAACACGACAUGAAAAUCUAAUUCUUUUUAUGGGAGCUUGCAUGGAGCCUCCUACAUUGGCAAUAGUUACAAGCUUAUGCAAGGGCUUAACUCUACACCAACAUAUACACGAGCAAAACAAUACUUUUGACAAUAACAGGAUAAUCACAAUCAUUACUCAAGUAGCACAGGGAAUGGGCUACCUACACGCUCGAGGCAUUGUACACAAAGACUUAAAUUCAAAGAAUAUUUUCGUAGAGAAGCAUCGCAUCGUGAUUACUGACUUUGGUCUUCUUAAUGUAGCUGAUACAAGAUCCCCGCUUGAACGUCCUGGCUGGCUGUUGAUAAUGAGCAAUUGGUUAUGCUACCAAGCCCCGGAAAUCGUCCGGGCUUUAGAUCCUUUGCACCCGGGAACGGAGUUAGACUUGUACACAAAGGAAACGGAUGUCUAUGCCUUCGGAACUGUAUGGUAUGAGCUUCUUUCAAAAAGAUGGCCGUUUGACGACCAACCAGUUGAUGCAACAAUCUGGCAGAUUGGAAAAGGCUUCAAGCAGUCAUUGAGCAAACUUGAAGUUUCAAGAGAUGCCAAGGACAUUCUUUCCAUGUGCUGGGCCUACAACUCCGAAAACAGGCCGCAAUUUUUCAUGCUCACCAAAGCCUUUGAGAGACUACCUAAGAAGAAAUUGAUUCGAAGCCCUUCGCAGCCAAUGUACCCAAUGUCACGAUCAGCUGAUGCCCUUGUUUUAUUCUGAUGAUGCAGAUUUUCUUGUAGCAAUUUCAUGGCAAGGAAAACACGGCAAGCAGUGCUGCAUGGUUUGUCGCCUAUACAUAAACAUUUUAGAAAAGUAUGCAGCACAUAUGCGUUAUGCGAUAUUAAUUUUUUAUGCCAAUUCUACCAUAGCUUAUUUUCAUCAAAUCGUUCCACCAAGGGUUUCCGAAUAAGAUAAUGACCCUACCCUAAAAUGGGGCUCAUUGCAUAUUAUAUUGGUUUGUAAAAAGUAUGUAUGUCUUUAUAUAAAAUUAUAUGUAUGCAUAUUACUAGCAUUCGUCGAAAGUAAAGAAUUGUUAUUUUCCUGUAUAAUAAUGACAAUGGCAUGAAAGUAUUCACUGGUUUAGCGGAAUUGGUGUGUUGCUUCUAGUGCAGCAAUCCAUUUCAACGUUGGUGUACUUCCCAUAAUCACGUUGUGUUGCAGCUUCGUGUUUCGUUGAUGUAGCAUGUUCAGUUACGAUCAUCUUGUCGAAACGAUUCAUCGAAAUCAUCAUAUACUUUUGUUUUCGGGUACAUUUUCGUUUUCCGUGAGCUCCACAUAAUAAUUCUACUACAAAGUUAAUAUCUUUUGGACUGGGAACCAGUCGCACUGGAAAAUGCUGAUUUAGUUAAAUCUAAUUUGCUAUUAUAAACUAUUACACACAAUUACUGCAAAUUAUUUUUCAAUGAUUAUUUUUAUUCUACAUAUGCGUAAUCUAAUACAGACUCGUUGUUUGGGUAGAACUAGGAAUCGCAGAAAUAAUUGUAUCAAUAUGAGUAUAGUCCAAACAAUUAAAACAGACAUCGGAAACUUCCUUAGUAAUGUUCAGAAGAUUAACUUGCCUAAUUGUAGAAUUGGACAAAUUUUCCCUUCGUUUGCCUCUAAGUAUUAUGCAAUUUUGGGCGGAGAGGUUUAAGUUUUUGAAACAGUCUAUUGAUACUUACUUUUCCAUAUGAGUGUAGGCUUUUGUGGAACCACUGUUACAUAGCUUUUUCUAUAUAAGUCUGCUGUCUAUUUAAAGAAAGUCAACAAUUAUUUUUUGUAUUAUCGGUUGUUUACACACAUUUGAAUGUAAUAAAAGUAGAGGAAUAUAAACUGCAUGAA